CGCCCUCUUCCCAUCGUGCCUUGCGUUUCCCCCAAGAUGGCGGCCUCGAUGCAGGCUGUAGUGAGGAAGCUCUCAAUGCGCGCUUAUUUGCAGGGCACCGAGUGCUUGUUGAAUCCUGCUCGCUUGACUCCAUCUUCUCUUGUGAUCCCAGUGAGAACAAAAAGACGGCAUUUCAUUCCCCCUUCAGUCAAUGCAAAGUAUUCCUCACCAGAAGACCAGAGGAAGCAUGCCCGGGCUGCUGGGGUGGUGAUCCCAAAUGAACCAGUGAUGCGACCUAUAAAUGUUGCCUGCACAGCUGGCAUCUUUGAGUCUUACGUUCCUCCAGAAGGGGAUGCACGCAUUUCAUCUUUGUCAAAAGAAGGGCUCAAGCAAAGGGCAGAGCAGGUCAAGCAGACGGCAACUUCACAGCUGGCAAUCCGAAAGAUUAAAGAUUAUGAUCCUGAUUUCAGCACCAAAACCUUUGCAGAAAAAGCCCAGGAUAUAUUUAUUGAAGCUCACAAUAAUUUCACAAACUUUAACAAACAGAAGCUGCACUCUUUAGUGACUGAAUACUGUUACCCGGAUAUGGUACGAGGAAACAGAUACAAGACUAUCCGGUGGAGUUUUUUGGAGUCCCUGGAGCCCCCUCGGGUGGUUCAUGUGCGAUGCCCCACUAUGGUGAGCAAAGACAACCUGUAUGGACAAGUCACAGUACGAAUGCACAGCCGGCAGACUCUUGCCGUCUAUGACCAGUUUGGGAGACUGAUGUAUGGUGGGGAGAAUAUACCAAAGGAUGUUCUGGAAUAUCUUGUUUUUGAGAGGCAUCUGGUCAACCCAUAUGGCCAGUGGAGGCUACAUGGCAAGAUUGUUCCAGCUUGGGCUCCUCCUAAAGAUCACAUCAUCAAGACUGUUAUGAUCCCAGGACCGAAACUAGACCCAUCACAAGAAUAUGAAGAAAUCAUCAGUGCAUCAGCCCCACAGACAUAAUGUUAGAAACAAUGCCAAAAGAGUGGGCUACAAGGGACAAAUUUUGAUAUUCUGGGUAUGAGAGCUGCUGUUGAAUUGAAAGCUGCCAGCCUAAGAAGUCUUUCUGCUUCCAUGACUUUGUUGCAGUCUUUUUUAUAUACUCAUGGGUUUUUCCGCAUUCGAGUUUGUUCAUGAGGACUUAAAAAUAGCUACAACUGCUUGAAUUUAUGUGGGCCAUUCAACAGACUACAGACCACCAAUGAGUUGUAUCUUCUGUGCUGUAUCUUCUAAGCUUAGGAGGUUUUCCUUUUAAGCUCAGUAGCUGCUGGUUAAAAAGGUAUUCUACAACAUUCAAAAGCAUGAUUAAAAGAGAAGAAUAAAAGUCUUAUUCCUCAA